CAGCUUCAUGAACAGAUCCCGACCACCGCGCUAUUGGGCGAUUUAGAUUUCAUUCUCCAUCUGUUGAUUGAGUGAUUGACCGGGCGUUAUUGAAGAAGCUGAAGUUAAAGAAAGGGCGAAAGAGCUUUAAGACAGAAAGAGUGUGAGAAGGGGAUAUGGUGCAGAGGAUUGCAUUCCGCGUCCAUGGCCGAGUUCAAGGCGUUUCGUAUCGGUAUUUCACCCAAAAACGCGCAACCGAAUAUCGAGUUACGGGCUGGGUACGGAACGCCUCGGGCGGAAAAGUAGAAGGCCAAGCCCAAGGAUCCGAAGAUGCGCUCCAGAGACUAUUCAGAGAUCUCGAGAAAGGACCUCCGCUCGCGGUCGUCGAGAAGCUAGAGAAAGAGGUUAUUGAGCCGAAGGAGGGGGAAAAGGAGUUUGUCGUUACUAGGUGAAUGAAUGGAACAGGUGGUUUUGAGCUAGUGAGGUUUGAGAGAAUAUUUAGGUCCGAGCAGAAUAAUCCUCUCAUGUCUUGAAUCUCGUAUAGCUAUCCUGGAUUCUUGUGUAUAAGGGGUAUCAGUCAUUCGAACGUUACCGUACCUAAUUUAUUAGGUCUUAUACUUCAGGGAAGGGGGAAAGAAGGAAGGAAAAGUAGGUACACAUUGAUAUACCAGAAAGGAGCAAAGUGCUUGGAUGGCUGUGUGUCCUUGAAACAUAGUAUUAUAAGUCUCGUUAAAAUCUUCGAAAACUACCAUCUUCUUCAACUGGUUGGGAA